AUGAAUAAUGCGAAAACGAAUCAGAACAACCCCUCAGCAAUGAUUAAUGCCACAUCGGUGGCAAGCGAUGUCGACUUAAAAUUUCCUUCUUUAGUGCUUACUCAAGCAAAGGGACCAUCUCCGCGGGGCGGAUCGGUCUCCAAAGCUAAUAAGCCAAAGAAGCCACCACGACCUCCAAAUGCUUUCAUCUUAUAUCGACGAUCCAAGCAACAAGAAAUCGUCGCAGCUAACGAAGGAAUAACGAAUAAUGAGGUAUCGAAGCAAGUAGGCGAAAUGUGGCACAAAGCUUCUGCCGACGAGAAAUCUCAUUUUCAACAAUUGGCAGACGCUGCAAAAAUGGAACACGCGCAAAAAUAUCCCGAAUACAAAUAUCGACCAAGACGACCUCACGAGAAACGACGAAGAACAAAACGUCCCUCUGCUGCUUCUCUCAAUUCUUCGUCAGCAUCGACGAAAGAUUCCAUGCAAUCGUCAGAUGAUGCAGCGACCACAGUAUCAUCGUCAUUACCAAGUGACAAUGUUGAGGUUAACAUUGACAAUUCCAUUAAUGAAAUCUUCUUUAAUGACGUGCAGCGUCGUCCGUCAAUAGAAUCAGUAAGUAGCCUAGAGGAUUCUAUUCAUUAUGAAUAUGCUUUUGAUGAUGAUUUCUCUCGCCGAAGUUCAAUUGCUUCAACAAUCGCCGAUAUUGUCGAUAACGAAAUGCCCGUAAUGUUUAAUAUGACGACCGCGUCAUCACCGCUCUCUUUGUCACCAUCACUAGAACCCGUUCCGGCCGCGGUUUCUCCUGUUGGUGGCGAAAUGACUCAUGACCAAGUUUUCUUUGAGACAACGUUCGAUCCAUACGCGCUAUCACCAAAUCUAAUGAUGGACGCUACUUCAAAUGGUUCAGAGUCGGAAAUGCUUCCAUUUAAUCUUCUCGAUAUGACACCUAACUACUUGAACACUUCUCCAUUUACUGACGAAACUUUUGAUUAUAUUAAUCUCGAGACAUUUGCUACUGCGUUUAUGGCACCCGGUGAACAGCAGCUCAUGUGCGAACAGCCAUGA